CCACUUGAUUGCGAGAGAGAGAUAAAGGUCGAGAAGGUCUUUUCAUCUUUCCUUCAUCCUCAUCGUUUCGCCAGAAUGCUCAUCAGAAACAAUCUCCUUUGUUUCUCCUUGAUGUCUUUUCUCUUCUAAGCUCCUCUGCGAGACAAAAAAGGCAAAACAGAGAUCCAAAAGACAGAGGAGAGAGAGAUAGAUAAGCUAUCUAUGGCCGCCGCCGCUAUGACCGAGAAGGAAGCUAAGGUGGAUCCUUUCCUGGUCGAGGCUCUCCAGAACCCUCGUCAUCGUCUCACCAUUUUGCGUAUGGAGCUCGAUAUACAAAAGUUCUUUCAAAACCCUGACCAGCUUCAGUUCGAGUUCCAACCCUUUCCGACAUCAUACCUGCGUCUCGCUGCGCAUCGAGUCGCUCAGCAUUACGGACUAGUAACCAUGUCUUUGGAGAACGGUAACGGUGCUUUAGACGGAUCCGACAACAGAAUCCUGGUAACGAAGACAGCGGAGAGCAGGUUUCCUCAUGUCUGCUUGUCUGAAAUCCCUGUUAAGCAGCCUGAGAACGGUAGACCAGAGGGUUUCAAGAUCGCCAUCAAGGCUAGACCCAAGAGGGGAUCUGGGAGCGGAGGUAGCGGGUCAGGAGUGCAGCAGAAUCUUCUGAGGAGUGUCGAGGAGAGGAAAGAAGAGUAUGAUAAGGCCCGUGCUCGGAUCUUUAAUAGUCCCAGCAGUUCUGACUCUGAAGAGUCUUCGUCGCUACUACGAGCUCCUCCUCCUCCUCCUCCUCCUCCUCUUGAAGGUGUAAACCGGAAUGAGACUGAAGUGGCGGUUAGUAAUAGUUCUCUUGAUGCUGGUUCUCGUACUUCUAGAGUAGCUAUUAUCAGAGAUAGAGAGAAAGAUCGGUAUGAUCCUGAUUAUGACAGGAGCUAUGACAGAUAUGUCGUGGAUCCUGCCUACAGGUACGUUAGGGUUAUGCCACCUGGCCAAAGCUUCAGUCCGAUGCCAAUGCACAUUCCGUUUCACGAUGGAGGCUUCCCGCAGAUGCCAAGAGGUCCUCAAGCUAAUCUAAACUACGGGCAUCCGGCUAUGAGUCCCUUUGUUAACAACCCGGCUGCUUAUACACCGUGGCCAAACCUGCCCUCUAUGAACUAUGUGCAGUCGUUGAACCGUCCAGACUUCAGGCAUCCUUCUGCAAGCAAUCCCUGACGACAGUUUAGUGUUAUGAGUACUUUCAAUGUCUGUAUUGAGAAACAGAAUUUAUAUAGAUAUUAUCUAGUCUUUAGGAGCUGAGCUCUCUGUUCGGUUCAGAACACUGGCUGCUUCCUUCUUGUAUAACAAGACAUCUACUCCCUCUCUCUUUUGAAUUUCUUUCUUAUGUUAUUAUCGAACUUUGAAUGAACC